GAACCAUUUAGGGAUCCGGACUUGAAAGCCUCUUUUAACAUUGGAUCAUAUUUACUGCUUUUCCCGGAAGAUGCUAAGGAAUACAUCGCAAACCUUAGCCGUUAGAAACAUAAUGGUCAUGUCCAGCAACACAAACCACCUGUUCUUUUCAAUCUCAACAUCAUAAUUAUGAAGUGAAAGCCAAUGCUCAACGCUCCGGUAGAUGCUUAUUUGCACACUCUAGUGAAUUGCUUUCUGCAUUUAGGAUUGUCAUGUCCUGAGUGACUUGUUCUUCAUCAACUUCCUGAAUAGUACCAUUACAUUAGUAACCCCAACUAUAAACAGUUCAAAGACCCCGCUACUUUUCAUCUUCUCUCAUACUAAUUACCAUUUUCCGCUCCAGCUCGUCUCAAUUACUUGUUCCUGGUAGGGAAUCACUUGAAUCAGAACCCCAACCUAUGGCACACAAGGCCGUUUUUGGUGUCGUGCUAGCGAAUCUUCUACUGCAACUCCAGAUAGUUUUGACAGAAGUGCCCGCAGUUAUCGUGUUCGGGGACUCCUCGGUAGAUACCGGGAACAACAACCAAAUUGCUACUGUUGUCAAAAGUAAUUUUGAGCCCUAUGGUCGCGAUUUCUAUGGUGGUCGGCCCACAGGACGGUUUUCUAACGGCCGAGUGUUCACGGACUUCAUUUCAGAGGCUUUUGGGAUCAAAUUGACAAUGCCGGCUUACUUGGAUCCAGCACAUAAUAUGACAGAUAUGGCCACUGGCGUUUGCUUUGCCUCAGCCGGAACCGGUUACGACAAUGCCACUUCCAAUGUUCUGUCUGUGAUUCCUCUGUGGAAACAACUGGAGUACUACAAGAAGUACCGGGAAGAGCUCAAGGACUAUCUCGGACAAGAAAAGGCCGAAUCAGUCCUAAGAGAAGCACUGUACAUCAUUAGUUUAGGGACCAACGACUUCCUAGAGAAUUACUAUGCAGUUCCGGGCAGAUCAUCAGAGUACUCCAUCGAAGAGUACCGAAAUUUCCUAGCAGGAAUUGCAGGAGGCUUCGUCGAAGCUCUUUAUGGGUUAGGAGCUCGGAAAAUAAUGCUGGGCGGGCUUCCGCCCAUGGGGUGCUUGCCCCUGGAGAGAACCAGGAACCUUCUUUUCGGAGGCGGUUGUAUCGAGGAGUAUAACAAUGUGGCUAAGGAGUUCAAUGUGGAGAUGCAGGGCCUGGUCUCGAAGCUGAACAAUCAACUUUCAGGAAUCCAACUAGUGUUCUCUGAUCCGUAUGGUCUUCUCUUCCAAAUCAUUCAGAAUCCGGAAUCGUUCGGAUUCCCGAAUGCAAAAGAAUCCUGUUGCGGAACCGGCUACUUCGAGAUGGGUUAUCUGUGCAACAAAAUUAACCCGUUCACGUGCCCGGACGCGAACAAGUACGUGUUCUGGGAUUCGUUUCAUCCGACGGAGAGAACGAAUGGUAUCUUAGCCGAUCAUGUCAUGAAAACCAAUCUAGCUAGUUUCCUAGUUCCGUGAUAUGAUCUUUGCUUUUCCAGUUUCGUGCGGGGUCGAACUUAGUAUUUUACUGCAAAUUUGAA